ACCUCCUCUACCCCCCGCCUUGCUUCCCCCCUUUUGUAGUGAGCUUAGACAAUGAGAAGUUCCUAAUGGGUUUAAUUAAUUACUUUCCAGGCAUUUUUGCGUACUUUCUCCAAGCUGUUAAAAAUCAAGGGGGGAAGGCAACAGAGGGAAAAACAAGAAGUCAAAGCCAUACCCUUUCUACAGGCAGCUUAGAAAUAUUUAUGAGUGGGGUUUUUGUGCUUUGUUUUGUGGUGGAUUUGUUUGGUUUUUUUUUAACCAGUUUCAGAAAACCAAUAAGGCUUUAACACUUUGUCUAAGACUUGGAAUUUUUCUUUUCUGUUUCAGUUUGUAUCUUGUAUCCUUGUGUAGUUUGAAAAUCCCUGUGGGCUAUGAUGUAGUGCAGGUGUACAGGGAGCCUAAUAGGUUUUCCUUGUGUGUUUCAGACAAAAAACAUGCACCCAUGGUUUGGGACAGGAGUGAAACAGUCUCUGCUGUGUUGUGUCAUCUCUGGAAUAAGCAUAGGUCCACAGUCCGUCCGUGUAUUUGCAGUUUAACAAUUUUAAAUUAUAAGGACUAUUUAGUAAUAGUAACUGAAGCAGAGUGUACUCUUAACGGAUAACAUCUUUAGUGGGUCCAUAAUCUUAUGUUUGCAAAGACAUAAUUAGAAACAGAAGGGGACAGCACCUCUCUUCAUCUGUGAAAGCUGUCGAGGUUCUGUGAAACUCCGUUAAGGAAAGUUCCUUUGUAUGUGACUGUACAAUCUUAAAAAAUGCAAAUUAGUACAUUCUUUUAGUCCUUCCAAAGUGCAGUGUGAAAACACAAGUGAGAGCCAGAUAUGAGCAUAGUAAGGCUUUUGAGGCCAAUGGGAGCUGUGUCUUGUGGUUCCAGAGGGUUGUUUGGAAGCUUUCGGGAGCAAGAUAUCUUGCAAUCCACAUUUAUCUUAGUCUGACUUCUUUUUGGUGACUGUCUGAACACAGAUACGGGAUUUAUUCUAAUGCUUGUGUCGGCAGAAUUCCUCUUUGGACACUUCUGAAAUACAUUUUAGUUUAUGUGGCAAACCCAGGCAUACCCUGGGAUGGAAUCUUUGUUCUUGAAGAAAUACAGAAACUUGUCUGAAUGGUGAGAAAUAACCAUCUGAAGGAACUCUAGCUUACUGUUCUCUGCGGUGCUUUGACCGCAAUGAUGGGUGAUGGACCUUUUUGGUUUCUCAUUGCACCUGCAUCACCUCUUUGUGUCUGACCUCCCUCUCCCUCAUCGGUAAGAGACAAUUCUUUUUUUCUUCCCAAAUGCACUGCAAGGAUUGGUCUGUGUGUACACAGCCUUGGGCAUGAGGACGUGCUCAUUAACUUCAAAGGCACUUUCAGUUCACUUAAAAAUGAUAGAGUAGAUGUGUCGUAAACGAUCCUAGGUCAAGCAUGUUAAUUAUGUUUGGUUGUGAUUUUUAUUUUUAAUGGGCAAGGGUGCUGUUUGGAAAAUCACUCCUCUUCAUGCAGCUUUUCCACUCUCCCUCCCCCCCAGCCCCGGUGCAUACUUUGGUGGGACUGUGUCCUGUGACUGGGUUUGUGCUGGCACAGGGACAACUGGAUGGUCUGGAUUGCUCACCGGGUUGCUGCAAUCUCUCUGCGUACCUGGUCCAGCCAGGCACGAUCCCACUGAAGCCUCUCUGGAGCUUUCAUCCUCACCUCCUUGGGAAUUUCUGGAGCUCCCUUCUCCCAUGGCUCUCUGAGGGCGGAACAAAAAUGAAACAGGGGUUUUAAAUUUUGCAAACUCAUCAUGGAAGACUCAGAAGGACGUCAAUUCAGCUCAGUGGAAGAGGAGACCAGAUACUGGAAAGAGCUGGCUAUGAAAUACAAGCAGUGUGCUGAGAAUACACAGGAGGAACUGCGUGAAUUCCAAGAAGGGAGUCGAGAGUAUGAAGCUGAACUGGAGACUCAGCUGCAGCAAACAGAGUCCAGAAAUAGAGACCUUCUGUCAGAAAACAAUCGCCUGCGGAUGGAACUGGAGUCAGUUAAGGAGAAGAUUGAAAUGCAACAUUCAGAAGGAUACAGGCAAAUCUCUGCGCUGGAAGAUGACUUGGCACAAACAAAAGCUAUUAAAGAUCAACUUCAGAAAUAUAUUCGAGAACUCGAGCAAGCAAAUGAUGACUUGGAAAGAGCAAAAAGAGCCACUAUAAUGUCUCUGGAGGAUUUUGAACAGCGUUUAAACCAGGCUAUUGAAAGAAAUGCUUUUCUGGAGAGUGAGCUGGAUGAGAAAGAAAACCUCCUGGAGUCUGUGCAGCGCCUGAAAGAUGAAGCGAGAGAUCUCAGACAAGAGCUUGCAGUGCAGCAGAAACAGGAGAAACCCAAAACACCAAUGCAAACUGCCCAGGAAACGGAAAGAACAGACACUGCAGUUCAAGCGUCCUUAUCUGUGCCCUCAACUCCCUCCAUGCACUGGGCACCCAACGUCAACGCACCCACCCCUGCAACAUUUAGGAGAGGUCUUGAGGACAGUUAUGGUGCAACCCCUCUCACACCUGCUGCAAGAAUAUCUGCACUUAACAUCGUGGGAGACUUGCUGCGGAAAGUGGGGGCUUUGGAGUCCAAACUUGCAUCUUGCCGAAACUUUGUGUAUGACCAGUCUCCAAACAGAACCGCGGUGUCCAUGUACAUGAACAGAGAUGUCCUGGAAACCCGCCUGAGCCCUCAGCCGCUGGGUGACACGGGGUUAGUGAAACGCCUGGAGUUUGGAAUACGGCCUUCAAAUAGUCCAGGACCAUUGAGCCAUCCAUCACAAAGUGUUGUCAAGAUGCUGCUAUGAAAACCUUGGCUGGCUUUGGAAAAGGAAAAAAAUAUAUAUAUAUUUUAAAAACUUUUUAGUUUUAAAGAGAACAUCACUGAGCAAUCAGGCAGCGGUCUUGGGUUGGUGAGGACUGAACCAGAAGCUGCAGUUGGCGAUGGCCUUUCCCAGCCUGGCCUCUCAGCCAGGUUCUGUGUGCAGUGUGAUAAAGCGAUGCUGCCUCGCAGUGCUGGACUUAGACUUGCUUCCUGUGUUAGUUGCUGUAAAUAACUCCCAGAAGUUGCUUUUUGACACUGCCAGGCAAAGCCACUGUCCCUCUAGCUACACCAGAGACCGUGUUCCCUGUGCACCUCCUCGGGCCUUGGCUUUUGCUGUCCAUCCAUGGUAUCCCGGCUUAAACCCUGGUUGUGCUGACUUUCUAUCACGGGUGUUGUGUGCUGCAGUCGCUCCAUUAGAGGGGUGCUUAUAUGUGGGAAAAGGUGUAUUUCCGCAGGGAAGCUGCUCAGCUCUUUGUGGGAUGUUUGCAGGUCAGAAUCGUGCUGCACAAAACCUGCCUCUGUGGUGGCAAGAUGGUUUGGUAAGCAAUGAUUUGCCCUUAAGAACAAGUCACGGCUGAGGGUGAGGAAUCCCAAGUGCUUGGGAGGGCCCAGACCUAAAGACAAGGUAGGAGACUUAGGACUGGCUUAGCACAGAGCCAUCUCUUUCUGCCAGUUGUGGCCCAUAAAGCCCAGCUGCUGCAGGAGGCAAGAGACCUGAUGAAAUUCCUACUUCUAACAUUUUAAUAGGUGGGUUUUACUGCUUUCCAAACUUCCCUUUGUUAAUGUGCCUUGGGUAUUAGUGGUUUUCUUGUUUUUUUUUUUUUCCUAUGAGAAUAUAUGCUUUCGGCUGUUACUAAUUUAGGUUUUGUUUUUAACCUGAAGUCAUUUAUGUUAGACAAAUGCACCUGAGUAGUAAUUAUUUUAAAAUCAGGUUUUUUUCCACCCUUAUACAAUAUUACUGCAUUUUAGUUUGUUUUUUUAAGUGGAGUAGGUUCACUCACAGUAUUAAUGUACCUCAUGGAAACCUGUACUUGCAAAAAUAAUCAUGACUAAACAAUUUGUAUGGGGUUUUUUGCAGAGGGUGGGGAGGGGAGAAGUUACUUGACAAACAAAUGUGUAAUGGGUUGGGGUUUGGUUUUUUUAAGAAAAUGCUGUGAAAACAGCCACUGAUGCAUCUACUUCUCUAGAACAGGAAAUGACCACAGAUAAUUCCCAUUAUUUGGGCCAUCUACAAAGUUGGCUUAACUGGGGAGCAGAAUAAAGCUUAUUUUGAACGCUA